GCCGCGCCGGGCCCGCGGAGAAGCCGCCGCCGCUCCCGCGCUACUUAAGCGGGGAGGGCGCAGCCCGGCAGCCCCGCGGGGGGAUCCGGCGGGGGGGGCAGGAAGGGCAAAUAAUUAUACUAAUAAUACUAUAAGAAAAAAAAAAAAAAAAAAAAAAAGAAAAGCAGAGCUGAGAUGCUCCGUCCGAAACCCGCAGGCUGGGGCAGGUUGUGAAUCCGCCAAACACCUGAGAAAUAAAGCACGACCGAACAAUCUCGAGGCGGGAGGAGGGGAAGGGGUGGGGGAGAAAAGUUUGCCGGAGCUCGGGCGUCUCGGGGGGCGGGCGCGAUGCCGCCCUGGCUGCUCGGCAGCCUCUGCUGCGUGCUGGCGGCGCGGGCGGCGCUGGGCGGCGGCCCCGCGGGCGCGGAGGAGGAGGAGGAGGAGAAGCUGAUCCGGGUGCUGGUGCUGCUGCCGCAGGACGACGCCUACCUCUUCUCGCUGGGGCGGGUGCGGCCGGCCAUCGAGUACGCGGUGCGGAGCCUGCGGGAGAGCAGCGCCGGUUUGCCGCCCGGCUACGCCUUUCAGCUCACCUACGAGGACUCGGCGUGCGGCAACCGCGCCCUCUUCAGCCUGGUGGACAUGGUGGCCCUGCAGCGCCGACGGCCCGACCUGCUGCUGGGGCCCGUGUGCGAGUACGCGGCGGCGCCGGUGGCGCGGCUGGCGGCGCACUGGGACGUGCCCAUGCUGUCGGCGGGGGCGCUGGCCGCCGGCUUCGGCGCCAAGGGCGGCGAGUACUCGCACCUCACCCGCGUCGCUCCCGCCUACGCCAAGAUGGGCGAGAUGCUGCUGGCCCUCUUCCGCCACCACCAGUGGAGCCGGGCCACGCUGCUCUACAGCGACAGCAACCCCGAGCGCAGCUGCUACUUCGCCAUGGAGGGCGUCCAUGUGGUCUUCCAGGAGGAGGCCUUCCACAUGGCCGUGCACAGCUUCGACGAGAGCAGCCGCCACCUCGACCUCGACGGCGUCGUCCGUGCCCUCCAGACCGGCGAGAGGGUUGUAAUCAUGUGUGCCAGCGGUGACACAAUCAGGAACAUCAUGUUGGCUGCUCAUCGGCAAGGAAUGACCAAUGGGGACUACGCUUUCUUCAAUAUUGAACUUUUCAACAGCUCAUCAUAUGGAAAUGGCUCUUGGAGAAGAGGAGACAAAUAUGACCUUGAAGCCAAGAAGGCAUACUCAUACCUCCAAACCGUCACUCUGCUGAGGACUGUGAAGCCUGAGUUUGAGAAGUUUUCUCUGGAGGUGAAAAGUUCUGUUCAGAAGCAAGGUCUGCAUGAGGAUGACUAUGUGAACAUGUUUGUGGAAGGAUUCCAUGAUGCUAUUCUUCUUUAUGCUCUAGCUUUACAGGAAGUCCUGAAGUUUGGUUUCAGUAAGAAAGAUGGGGAAAAAAUUGUUCAGCAAACACGGAACAGAACAUAUGAAGGCAUUGCAGGGCAGGUGUCCAUUGAUGCCAAUGGAGACAGAUAUGGGGAUUUCUCUGUGAUUGGAAUGACGGACCCAGAGGCAGGCACACAGGAGGUGAUCGGGGAUUACUACGGAAAGCAGGGGCGUUUUGAAAUUCGAUCGAAUGUGAAAUAUCCUUGGAAUCACGGCAGGCUGCGACUAGAUGAAAGCCGAGUUUCAGAGCACACAAACAAUACACCAUGUAAAUCAUCAGGUGGUCUAGGAGAAUCAGCAGUUACAGGAAUAGUUGUGGGCGCCUUGCUUGGAGCAGGAUUGCUAAUGGCUUUUUACUUUUUCAGAAAGAAAUACAGAAUAACUAUUGAGAGACGAACUCGACAGGAGGACUGUAACAUGGGGAAACAUCGGCAGUUACGUGAAGACUCCAUAAGAUCUCAUUUUUCUGCCGCAUAAAGAAGAAAAAGAAUCCCAUUCUUCCUAGGGAAAAAAAUAAUUAGGGAAAAGACACAACCAAAGACAUCAUUGUAAAAAGAAGAGGCUCUUGAAGAACUCACUCUUUUAAGCAGUAAUUUUGUCUUAAUUUCUUUCAGAAGCUCAGGAAUGAUUUACUAAUCACAUUAUGCCGCAUGGCCUUUCAUCUCAUGAAAAAAGAAAAUGAUGCAGUUUGAUGUCAUAAGAUGUACUUGGUAUGUAAAGACAGUAUUUCUUAAGGCAUGUAUUUAAGGGCAGGAGAUCUGAGUUUAGUUGAUGGGGAAUGCCUCAUUCUGUUCUUUUUUGUUUAGCCCCUAUCACCUCCUUCCUUAAUUGCAUCUCACCCGUGGGUAUCAAAUAUGGUUUCACAGGCACAGAUGCUGGUUGCUGGUCAAAAGGAAACAGGGGAUUCAUUUGGGGUAUGAUCCUGCAUCACUGAAUCGUUGCCAUUGAUAACAGGGGAUACAAACUGGGUAUAUGGAGUUCAGUUCAGGGAGGGAACUGAUGCUUGGGUGUAAUUAACUCCACUGAGAAAUUCAGGCAAGUGGAAACACACCCGAACCAUUCUUUCCUUGUUUGUGUAGUGUCACAAUCAAAAGCACUGACUCUUCCUCUUAGGUGCUGGGAGUUAGGAAGAACUCCAGUGAAGGAUGAGGAGUUUCACUGGUAUGAAAUAGUGAGAGAGAAGACAAUCAGGCCUCCAAAGAGGACUGGCUAAUUCGUCAGUCUUGUACAUGUUUUAUCAUGCUCUUUUCUCUCCACUGCCAUGACUUCUCAGAGAGGCAAAUACAGAAAAAAUGUAGAGCCUGCUCCUGUUCCCAGUGAAGUCAGUGGCAAAAUCCCAUUAACUUCAGUGAGCACAGGACUGCAUCCAAAAUUGUAAAUAUGAAAGUGUUUGUAUAGCUGAGUCAAUUCAAAAGGGGAUCUUUUUUGUGUACAAAUGCCAUUCCAUGCUACCAUUUUAUUUUUAGGAUAUUUUUUAUCUUGUAUUUUUCUAUUAAAGUAUCUAUUUUGGCUUUGGUAGGAUUAAAAGUUAAGGGAAAGUACAUUUUGAAGACAUAUUUUUUGUGAUAGGAGUAACAUGUAGGGAGAGUCAACAGCUGUAAAUACAUCCAGUGUUUAGGGGAGGAGAAUCAGUGUUUAGGGGAGGAGAAGUGAUUUUAUGGAUAUUAUCAGACUUUUCUUCUCCAGGCACGUGCAACAUUCAAAUAGUUAUUUAAACAAUAUAAAUGCAGUUAUUGAAUUCUCUGUGUGAUGAUGGCUCUGAUCCUGAAAAUAAUGAACUUUCCACAUGUCAAAUAGUCCUACAUUAGUUGGUGAGUCUAACUCUUCAAGUGUGUACAAUUAAACAUGGAAGGAACUACCUUCAGGAAUCAGGCUGGUAUAACACUACUCCAGGGCUGACUUUAAUCCUGCUGCCAUCAGUAUCCCUGGGACUUUUGCCGUUGAUUUUACCAGGAGCAAAACUGAAUCUGUGAUGAAUUAGCUACUGACAGGUUAAUUUUUACUAGACAAAGGAGAGCUCUGCGCUUUCUAGUCAGCAAAUGGAAAUGAACAGUAUAAUAAAUGUGGUGAAGAAGACCCAAAAAAUAGUCUGUGGGAAAACCCAGCUAUGACUGUGGUUCUAGUGCAUGAAAUCUUUUGGUUUAUCCUAUUCUGAUUUCAUAAGCAGAACUUUCUGGUCUCAACAGUCACAGUCAGACUUGCAAGUUAAUCUCAAAACUGGCACUGAAGCCUGUGUUCUACAAAUAUUCUAGGCCGUGAGAAACCAGAGUGCCAAUUCAGAGAAACCGUUUUGGGGUAGCUGGAAGUGGAUGAAGAGCAAAGGCUGCCUCUGUCUUCUUUCUGCUGCCUUUUAUUUGUUGAUGGGGAAAUACCCCAUGGACUAUUUCCUUGCACUUUUGUUUUUCUUAUGUUUCAUUUGUAUCUUAGCAUAUGCAGGGUUCAUUACCUGCCCUUAUGAGAUAUUGUCCGAUGUGCCAGGCAGCCAGAGGGCAGGGCUUCCUGACUGUCAGGGCAGCUCCAGUAUCGGUGGUGGAUGUAGACCAGGUGGAUCUCAUGUCGUUAGUACUCACUGUAACAGCUGUUGUUCACACAGUAGAUUUCCCUCAUCCCAUUUCCCAGUCUGGUCAUGUAUGACUUCUGCAAAGUUGCCUUCGCCAGAGUAACACUGCAGUCAAUGGACAGUUUUCUGAAUUAGCUGCCUUAUCUCAUGAGCACCAGAGAAGAAUGUGGGCUAGAGCAGCGUUCAUACAGCUGUGGAGCUGGGGAGAAAAAAAGACUUCCUGAUUAAUUUGGGGGAUUUUUUUCAAGCAGUUGAAUUUGUCUAGUCCCUGGGCAUGCUUAAGGUUUGGGUUUUUAAAAAAAAUUUCCACAAGAGUUUUGAUCUAUUUCUUGUUUUGCAAAUAGGCAUUUCAGUAUUUUUAUCCAUCUGACUACCACAGAAAAAGGCAAGGAAAAUUUUUAAAUAUUUAGAGAAAAGAAAGUAUGAUUUGAAGCAUAAACUCUUUUUGAAAUUAUGUUUGUUAUGACUUGCCUUGCAAUGUGAACUAGUACUCAGACAGUCACUAGUUAGGCAGCAAGACAGUAGUGUAGACUUGCAUUUUUCCUGUGCCAUGCAGAGUCAGGUCAGACCGGAAGAUCUGAGCCAGGAGAUCUGGCUGGGACAAUAAAUUGUGAAGACAGCUUUUUUAUUGUGUAAACUUACUAUAACUAAACAUACUGAAAAAAGAAGUGCAGUGAAAGGUCACUUUUUAAUUAAAAAGAAAAUAAUUCUAAUACCCACUUUUAUGUAGGGUUUUUAAUCGUGAUCUCAAGAAGUAUUGUUAUGAGAUGUCUGUUGGUGGGAUGCUGAUGGAGGCCCAGCAACAACUUCACAUCCCAGCACCUCCCAUGAAAGGUGAACCUUCUUGCACAUCACAACAUUUUAGAUCAGUGACUUUUAAUCUUUCUAAAUUGGUGCACACCUACCUGUGUGUUUUUCCCAGUGUGGAGAUCAUUUAAGACAUUUCACAUAAGUAGAUUCCUGUAUAGCAUAAAUAAACUUGCUCUUCUUAGCUGCCUUUCACAGGCCUCUUGCUCAUAGUUACCAGGUCUUCUAUGGACCCUAGAUCAAAAACUGCCUUGAGUUUAGAUUAUUCAGCAGAGAGAUUCUUUACCAGCUAAUGCACUUUUCCUUUCUGGUUCAUCUGCAUUAGCUCAAUGCCACAAUGUUUAGGCUUCAGACUCUGUAAGGGAAUGUCUAAUCAAAAUAAUAAUAAUUGAUUCUCAAAAGAGUUUUCAAAACCUACAUUUUUGGCUUCAACAAAUUGCCUGUAUUACAAGCUUACAUCUGUAUUACAGAGCAGCAGAAAGAGGGCCUUAACUCAGCUCAGCAAUUUAGAACACACUUAAAAUAUGCUCAACUUCAGCUUGUAAGUGCUUUGCUCAUUUGGGAUCACAGGGUAUGUUUCUGGCCAUGGCUGAACCAUAGGGAAUCUUGCCAUAUGCCUGAAUCAGAGAAGGGUUGGUCCCAUAGGCCGUAUGUUUAUUGCUAAAUCUUACAGUUGUGCCUACUAAACUGAAAUUGAACUAGUGCUUCAUACUUCUUGUUUGUCAAAGGUUGACAAAUUAUGCUAAUUUAGCAUUUUUAAAAAUUACCAAAUACUGGUCAGCUUAAUAGCUGAUUCACCUCAGAAUCCACUUCUUGAGGAUUCUAUGGACAAAUUACCUGACUUCCACCCUCUGAUCUUCAACAUGUAGACUUCCACUGCAGGUUGGCAAAGAUGAAGCAAAACUUUCAAUAGUACCUGUGAUUUAGUAUGCUGAGACCCACAACUUUAGAGUCAGAUGCCUAGGAACUUUGUCCUGGGCCACUGGUAGUUCUGGAAGUUCUGUUUAUGGACAGUUUGUGUCCCCUGAGUUGUCUGUGACUACCACCAUCACUAGUUAAUUACCAGUUCCUUCUUUGAUAUGCUUCACUGAAGACCAAGCCCAUCUGAGUUCUGAGAACAGUCAUUGCUAAAACGUGAUUGAGAGCACUGUGCACCUUGCAAGAUUGUGGCCAGAAUUUAGUUUAUUAAAGACUUAUAUACAUUCACUUCUGAAAAUAAAUUUCAUUAAUCUAUUUUCCAUUUAUUUUUAAGAAAUGCUUCUUUGCAUUAUUGAAAGUAUCUGUUGUUUUUUAAUGGAGAAUUAUUAAGGUGUAGCUAAUGCUUUGCAAACAUUUGUGCUGGACAAAAUAAGAGUGUGCUCCCUGACACCAUGUUUUACUGGGAGAUUGAUCUCUGAUUCGUUAUUUGAUUUGGAGAUGUGAUCAUGUUCUCAUUAACCUGAUCAAAAAACUUUUCAUUGAUUCAGUAGAAAGAAACUCAGGCCCUCAGUGAAGGCUUUAAACUCAGCAUCUUGAAGCAGUUCAGAGUGUUUCUCAGCUUUGCAGUAGAACAGGCUGCAUCAGCCUUAGCUGACCUUGGCUCCAGUGCAGUUUUCACCUCAUGAAUGCCAUAAUACUCCUGGAAAGCCAAGAAUAGACAUCAAAGACAGGAAGCUAAUAGUCCUGGUCAUAAAUUUCUUUGGCAAUUCAGUCCACCUUUUCCGGAGCUCAAGACAGUUCCACAUCCUUCACUACCCUCCUCUGUACUUCAGAGUAGCCAUGUAGCUGUUCUGUUUCUUUAAAUAAAGCAGUUGAGGUUAUUUUUCCUCAUUUUCUCCCAGGGUAGAGUGAACACUCUUGAAUUCCCCAUUUUUUUCAUGCUCUUUUCUCUAGCUUCGGAAGUACUUUGAAAAGAGACAGCCAUUUUCCAUCAUUUAGUCAUAAAUGCUCCCUCUUCACUGAGAGGUGGCUACUACAUAAUUUCAGCCGUUGUUGAUCGCUGCUGUGCUGCUCAGCUGCCAGCACACCUCAUGUUGGCCCGUGGCCACACCAGCCAUUAUCAGAGAUAUAGACCCAGAAUUGACUGGUAAUGCCCGCCUUUUAACCAAGCAAAGUUGGAAAAUUGGAUUGACAAAAAACUUUCUGAAGUAUAAUGUGAAUUUUGUAGCUGGCAUCCUUUCCUUUUAAAAACACCCAAGGCUGGCACUAUAAAGUGUGGUUAUAGAAGCAGUCUGAUUAAAGCUAAAAUGGUUACUGGGUGCCACUGGGCUCACAGAGAAUGCUCUAUCCAAGCAUGGUGAGAUGAUGUCAGGUGGUGUCAGCCAGUCUUUUUUCUUUUUCCCCUAAUUGUUGUUGCUAUAAAAUGGUAUAAAAUUUACUGACCACCCUCCCCAAAGGAGAGCGUACGGCAACAGAAGUAUAAGUUUCUAAUGGUACAUUACCCUUUGUGUUGGUCAGCAGCAUGCCCUAGUAACUUGUCUCACAACAGUGAAUGAUGAAGGGACAAAUUUCAGCAAAGUACAUGUUUUGUAGGGGACAGCUUUAGCCCUUUUCAGAAGCAAGGAAGUACAAAAGUUACUUUUUUAAUAUAUUUUUGAGGAUAUGCUGGAAAAGUUUCGCCUUCAGAUGUGUUGUGUGUGUCUCCUCUCCUCACCCGCUUUCUUUCUUGCUGUUGAAAGCACGAAAAGAUUUGUGUGUGUGUGAAACCUUUCAAGUGGAAGAAUGGAAGUGUUUGCACUGUGCAUAUCCCUGCUUAGAGGCAGAAAUGAAUUCAGAUGGCUUAAGGCCUGUAUUUUUUCCAUUCUCAGAUACCUUUUAACAUCUGAGCUCUGAGACUGAUGGAAAAUAAUUGUUGAAAUGAAAACAAAUAGCUGUUUGUGAGAGACCUCAGACCUGGCUGUCCACAGGGGUCAGCAAGCUGUGUGGCAGACUUUCAUAGUGUCUUUUCUCUUCUAGAGAAUAACAGGAAGCCUAAGCACCGUGGUUUUCUGCAGUGAAACCUUAAGUCUGGAAUAAAUGCAGCUCUUACUUUAUCUCACCCAUAGAGGAAGAAAGGAUAAAGGUUAAUGUUGAAGUUUUUAUGAGGUUACUGCUGGUUUUGAUCAAGAAGGUAAUGCUGCCACAGCUUUGAGGCUUCCUUGGGCUAGUGUUUAAUUAUGUCCAGUGCAUCAUUACAUAGACUGUUCUGUUAUGCUACUACUUCUUCCAGAAUUUAUUUUUCAGAAUUACUCCUAACUGACAUACACCAAUUUACAGCAUAGAAAACUAGCUUUUGAAAGGAGAGGCUUAGAGUUCAUUCAAAAUCUCUCACUAACCACUAAGUUAAUAAGCUGCAUCAAAGGCAAAGUAUUCUAAAUAACAUGACACUACUAAAGUUUGUAUGUUAAGCUAUAGUACUUCAGAAAUUUAAUGUGGAUUCAUUAGGUGUUAAAUCUUUGACAGGUUAAAAUCCACUCUGUGUGAACUGCUGCUUGGUGUUUCUGUCAUGUGAAUGUUUCUAGAGGACACUUGAGCAAGCGAAGAAAAUGUACCAAAAAGGGUAUUUUAAAAAAUAAUCUUGUUUUAAUUAUUUCUUCUGUAAUCUCAACUGGUGUACACAGGGAACACACAAUGCCUCCCCACACACAAACUAUGAACAGAGGUUUUGCUAAUGUUACACUAAACCAUCAGCAGACAUAAUGAGCACAGCUAUGUUGGUUCAUACUUGGUGAUGAUCUGGACUUCUCUUUCUUUGUGAACUGCAUAUGCAGUGUGUCAGAGGAACGAGCCACCACUGAAAAGCCAAUAUCACAGUUAUUAAUCAGUGGUCAUUUAUCUUAGUGCCAUGUGAGAUGAUAAAUAUUUCCUCCCGUAUUUAGUAUCUCCCUGAGGUAGCUUUGUGGCAGAUGUUGUGAUGACUUCUGCAGUAUAGUAAGUAUGCAAGAGAUGCUCAGGGAUUGAUUAUACUCCCGUGAUGAUACUAUUGACUGUACGGAGGAUGGGAUCAAGCUCUUUCUGCACAGUACGCUGUCUUUAUUGUUCAAUAUCUGCUUUCCUCAGUGGAAAGCUUAUUCGCCUUUUAAACCUCACAUAGCCCCCUUACCUAAAAUUUAACUAGGAUUUAAGUGGUGCAUGGGGCCUGCUUAGGGUGUACCCUAAGCAGGUACAUAAUAUGUUGGGUAUUUACCUAGUAACAAAAUUGUCUUCACUGUGCAGGUCUAAAAGUUCUGACAUGACUUGGGUAGAGUGGUAGGAUGAAGGCAAUGGGUAGAUUUUGCUGUGUUUUUGUGCAAAGGGUAUAAUUAUCGCAAAUAUAAGAGGACUCAGGAUAGUCACUGUGGACAUUAACUUAGUCCCUUUUUUUCGGUGAUACUGUUCAUUGUUAAUGUAAAAAUACUGGACAACAGAGAAACCUUGUUACCAGUCUAGUAGAAAACAAAUGGAAAGCUGCACAGUAUAUUGUACUGAUGUAAGUAGAACUAUGUGCAUAUAAUGUGAUUUUAUUUAUUGUUGUUUUUGUGUAGAGGAGAGUGCAUAUUCAUGACUGUGGAUAUAACCUUUAUUUGUGUAAUGUAUUUUAUUUCUUUUACAACUUGGUCAUUUAAAAUAUCUACAUUCAUUGAUGUCCUUUGACUUUUUAUUCUGUGCAUUUUCUUUCACGUAUUUUAAAAAUGUAAGAAUAUCACAUAGCCUAAUUUGUAACAAAAUGUUUCCAUUAAAGACUUAGGAAUAUGUUA